AUUGCAGGUCGGACGCUGGAAGGUACAAAGGUCGUACAUAAAUAUACUAUACAGUGUGUGCUGUUUAUAUUCACUCGCUACAGACCGAAUUCAGGACACUAGCGAAGAUAGACAGAUACUUUACUCAUCCCGAGGGAAAUUCGGCAUCCUGUUGCAUCUGUAAGGCAAAAGAAAAAUCAUAUAAUUAGCAUGUCAAAUGUCAAGCCUCUUGAGACAAUUUGGAUUGUUACUGAAGACCCUACAUACACACAAUAUAAGAAGACAAAAGCCUAUAACUACCCAGCACUAAAUCCUAUCUUCAAGACUGUUGUAGCAUUUUAGCAUUUGAUAAAAAUAACUGUUGCUUCAACUGUGUUUUCACUUUGGAGGCUGUGGUUUGUAGCGCUAUUGACUUGCAUUGUGUUGUGCUGACACACAUGUUUCCUACUAUGUUUUCAGUUACUCAGUUAAUCACCACCUUUCUUAUGAUGUUUCAACGUAAACGGAACAUUAUGACGUUAUAAUAUAGUCAACAGAUGGGGGAUUCGGUGCAGGACUGUUGUAUAAGGCUGUUUUCACUUCUAGUGUGCCUAAUGAACUGGCAAGUCAUUGACUAAAGAUUCAGAACAGAUGGUGAGCAAUACGAUUACAAGGAAAUGUAGCCCGUAUUAAUUGAAUACUGACAGGGAAGCACAGACAGGCACUGUAUUAAGUCUAGGCCACAUAUGAUAAGAACGCCCUGGCUAAUGAAUUUAAUCAAAGCUCAGUCAGAACUCAUGUGGCUCAUUUGCGGGAAAUUUCCCAAACAGAUACUGUUGUGAUGUAUGAGAAGAUUAGUAAUUACUGCAUCACCUGAGCGUUAUGCCUUGAAAGAACUAAGCAGGGACAGCAAAAGACAGCAGAUGGAUGUCUGGUGAGUUUGCAGGGGUUUUUUUUCUUUUUUUUUUUGCAGAAGUAAACUUUAACCUGUGUUUAAUUUUGGUACAAAAUCUCAUCUCAAGUCAGGAAGUGGUUGAUUGUAGCUGCUGCAAGUUUACUCAAAAAGCUUUCCGCAGGUGUAGACAAGAACCUAGUACACGCCCCUGUACGGUUUCACAACUUGUGCUGGGGAGACAGACUAACAUUGCUGCUCUGCUUGUAACGAUGGACAUGAUCAUUGUUCUUCUGUGUGCACUUGCAAGUCAGGUUGCAAGCCAAACCAAAGAGAUUUCUCCUGCGAGGAUCCUGGCCCAGCAGACAGUUCUUAGCGAGAAUAGUGACCUUUAUCUCACCUGCAGCACAUUUGGAAGGAAGAAAAACUCUGAGAUUUCCAUUUAUCUGGUGAAAGAUGGAGUAGAGAUCAAUAAAAUAACACAUAAACAAGAGAAAAAUGAUGUCACCUUCCACAUUCCCAGAGUCAGUCUUCGGCACACUGGAAAGUACAGCUGUGUGUAUUCACUUUCAAAUUACACUCCCACUGCAUUAACAGUUAAAGGAGAAAACGUCAUUGACAUUCUGGUUAUAGCCAGUUCUGUCCCAGCAGAUAUUUCGCUGGCUGGGCCGAGUACUAUUCACGAGGGACACUACGUCGAAUUCAGGUGCUCGGUUUCUUCGGUCCUGCGUACACCUGGUGGGUGCCAGCUCAUUCAGUCUUUCCUGAAGAAGAACGGGACCGUCCUCCGAGUGCAAGCAUUUAACAUCACUCGAAUGGAGACGACUUUCACCAUCCGAGACGUAGUACUGAGGGAUUCAGGUCUUUACAGCUGCACGGUGCUGCCAGUGCAUUGCAUCCAAGAGAUGCAGAUCCAUGAAAACACACAUGAAAACCUUGUGUAUCUUGAGGUGAAAGGGGAUUUUGCCCGACCAAUGAUUAUCUUCGGUGCAGUGCUAAUGCUGAUAUUGUUAAUCAGUCUGGUACUGUUGUGGAUCUCACGCAAACCAGAAGUCCUAUCUUUGUUGUGCAAACCACGGCCAAAGAAAAAGCAGGAAAAUACAAACACAUUGGAGGAAGAGUCGGUGCACAUGGAGGAACAGGGUCUGCAAGCACGGGGCGGAGAAAAAGAAAAGGAAGAAGAAUCCCACAGGACAGUGGAGGACGCAGAGUAUAACAACGUCUCUAGCUCCUUUGACUACGAUGAUUGUGAGGGAGUGUAUAGCGUUGCAGAUGAUCCACCUGCGAGAGCAAUUCAGCAAAGUCUCUAUGCCACGACCAUCAAACAUAAAAAAUAUUUAAACCAGCGCUCAGGAGCUUCGGCUGUCAAUCAAGUGCCUGCUUGUUUGUGAAAUGUUGAGACAUGUAAUUAUAAAAGAAAUAAGUUGUCUAUGAAUGUUUCAUGAAACAAUAAUACAAUUGGAACCAUAUAUGGGAACUUGAGCACACAUUUUAAUUUGCAUCCCUUUGCCGCAUAGUGAGGCCGAGAAGCAUGUGGUUUUCAACCUCAUGAGCGAUUAGCAUAACUGCUUUAUUAGGUGUCAUGAAGAAAUGUCCUAAUGUUAAUGUGUAUGUGGACGCGUGCUUGAAUCAGCACUUUUUCCUUUCUAAAUACAUGUUUACAUUUGUUUACCACUUAAGGGCAUGGAACCAUAUAUGAUCAUUUCAAUAAUCUUGAUUUUCUACAUGAAAAGUAGAAAUUUUGUAAAAAUUCACAAAAGUCUUCCCACGCCCUCCAAUAACACUUGAGGCUUGAAAUUUAGAAUUUCCAAGUAUUUCAAUGAGUUCCCUGUAAAUUUGAUUAAUUAUUUUACAUCGAACAAACACAUAUUACUUUGCAUAUCAUAUUUUUAUUUAAAUUGAUAGAUGCCGUUACCGAUAUAAUCUGGAUUGUAUUUGGACAUACUGUAUGCCGAUCAUAACAUAAACUUAUAGUACAUUUAUAUACAUUCUACAACUCAACCCUAUCCUUUGAUAUGUCACUGUCUGUAUUAGCCUGAGAAUGUUACAUUUGUUAGAUAAUAAUCCAGAGUUGCUAUUUGUAAUAGCAUAGGUGUAUUUGAGUGAUAAUUAACUUACUACUGCUGUUGGACAAAUAUACUGUGCAUCUGGAUGUGAGACAUUUUGAGCCUAAUGUGCAUACUGUGUAUAUAUGUACUGUAUAUGUGUGUUUAAGAAAUUGAUCAGCAGGCUAAUGUCCAGUAGCUGCCUGCUUCAAAUGUUAACUAGUGUGUCCUUAUUAAAGAUUAGCCAAGGAGUUUGAUGACCUCGGCAGCACUGACUGUGAUGACUCUGCUGUGAGACGCACAGAUGGGGAGCUUAUGAAAAGAGGAGAGUGACUGGUUUGUCAUUGUUCCAUUCCACCUAUUAGAUAAUAACUUGAGAAAGUUAUGAUUGUUCACCCACAGUACAUAGCGGCUUUUCUCUGUGUUUUGAUUUCAGCAACU